CAAUAAUUUCAAUAAACUCUCUGAAUUCACUAAGGAAUAACAAAUUUUCAUUAGAAAUGGCGGCGUUGUGCGUAAACUUAUUUUAAAUUAUUUUAAAAGAAAAAAACAUUAAAAAAUAACAUUCAAUCGCCCCCAACUAAAAUAUAAAUCAACAACAACUGUGCAUGAAAAUUGUGUGUGAUAAUGAAUUGAAAUUGAUUUUGCAAAACGAAAAGAAGAAAAAAAAAAAUACUGAGCUGCGAAAUGGAAGCGCGUUCUAAUAGUAUCUAUCUCUACUCUUCUCUGCAAAUUAUUAUGUUAAUAUUCAACAAAAACAAAUAUAUAUAAAUACAAGUAGAGUUGAUUAAUAUUAUUGUUGAAUUAAAAGAAAAAAAAAAGAAAAGAAGAAAAAUAAAUAAUAAUUGGUUUAUCAUGUUUUCCCAUCAAUUAAAUUCCGACUCCGAGGAGUUUAAUUUCUCAAAGAAUGAGAAUGUUGCUCGUUGGAAGGGACUAUUUAGUCCUGCGUUGAAAAAAGUAUUGGAACAAGUACAUCCACGAUUGCCGGCCAAGGAGGAGGCUUUGUUAUUUGUUGAAAAACUUUGUUUGCGUAUUUUAAUAAUGCUGUGUGGAAAGCCAUCGCCUCACACCAUCCAGGACGUAGAGGAAAAGGUAAAGAAGUCAUUUCCCACGCCAAUUGAUUGCUGGGCAUUACACGAAGCUAAGGAAAGUUUGAAGAAAAAAAGGAAAUGCGUUCUACCUGUCGACCGCGUGCACGCAUUGCUACAAAAGGAUAUUCUGCAAUACAAAGUAGAUAGUUCGGUAACUCUAUUUUUGGUCGCUGUUCUCGAAUAUAUCUCAGCUGAUAUUUUGAAACUGGCCGGUAACUAUGUGCAAAAAAUCGAACAUCUUGAAAUAUCUCGUGAAGAUAUUGAAGUGGCUAUGUGUGCCGACAAGGUAUUAAUGGAUAUGUUCUAUCAAUCUGAUAUGAACAACAAAAUAAUUCCUAGUCCAUUGCCACCUGCCCCACGUGCAAGUCUUACAUACGAAGAAGUAGUAAAAGAACUUAUACAUGACGAAAAGCAAUAUCAGCGUGAUCUUCAUAUGAUAAUACGUGUGUUUCGAGAAGAAUUGAUUAAAGUAGUACCAGAUACGAGGGAAAUAGAGCCAAUAUUUUCCAAUAUUCUAGAUAUAUACGAAGUAACAGUGACAUUGUUGAGCUCAUUGGAAGAUGUAAUCGAAAUGUCUCAAGAGCAAAGUCCUCCAUGUGUAGGAAGUUGCUUUGAAGAAUUAGCCGAAGCGGAAGAAUUCGAUGUGUAUACAAAGUACGCACAAGAAGUGACUUCAAAGACGUCUAGAGACGCUCUCUCAACUUUACUUUCCAAGCCAGAUGUAGCAAUAUCUUUGAUGUCUGCUGGUCAUGGAUUUCGCGAAGCCGUAAAGUAUUAUUUGCCAAAGUUGCUGUUGGUUCCAAUUUGGCAUGCUUUCUUAUAUAUGGACUACAUAAAAUCUUUGAUGCAGCUGAGUCCUUCACAAGAGGAUAGAGAAAGCUUUGAACAAGUUCAGGGUCUACUGAGGCCCUUGCGCUGUGAUCUUGAAAAUAUUGUUGCUAAUUUACCCAAGGAAUCAGUGGUACCGAUGCAUAGUCGUGCGCGUCGACUACUGGCAAUAGAAAAGACCAGAGAUUUACAAAAUUCUGUUGAACAUUGGGAUAAAGAUGUUGGUCAAUGCUGCAACGAGUUUAUAAGAGAGGACACUCUUAGUAAACUGGGUUCUGGAAAGAGAAUAACCGAAAGAAAGGUCUAUUUAUUCGACGGGCUUAUAGUUUUAUGUAAAUCUAUUGCCAAAAAACAGACUGUCUCCACUGGAGCCUCAAACUACGAUUUUAGACUUAAAGAAAAAUUCUUUAUGCGACGGGUUGAAAUAAUCGAUCGAACCGAUACUGAAGAUUUAAAGUAUGCAUUCGAAAUUUCUCCUAGAGUAGAACCUGCUGUUAUUUUAAUAGCGAAAAAUUCUCAACACAAAAGUGAUUGGAUGGCCGACCUUAUAAUGGUGAACACAAAAUCUAUGUUAGAUCGUAUUUUGGAUAGCAUAUUAUUAGACAUGGAGAAAAAGCAUCCGCUGCGCCUACCCAGUCCUGACAUAUACAAAUUUGCCAUUCCUGACAAUGUAGAUAAUAUUGUUUUAGAAGAACGUGAAAGUGCUGGAGUUCCGCUUAUAAAGGGAGCUACGUUGUGUAAAUUAAUUGAACGUUUGACGUAUCACAUUUAUGCAGAUCCUAUGUUUGUUAGGACAUUUUUAACAACUUAUCGAUAUUUCUGUUCACCUCAAAGUCUACUUCAACUUUUGAUUGAACGUUUUAAUAUACCAGAUCCAAGUUUAGUGUAUCAUGAGGUACCCGCUAGCGAAAGAGAAAAUAAUCCUGAUUCUGAAAAAUUGCACAAAAAUUCUCAACGUGAAGAUUGGAAACGUUACCGCAAGGAAUAUGUCCAACCUGUACAGUUUCGGGUGCUGAACGUUCUGCGACAUUGGGUGGAUCAUCAUUUUUAUGAUUUUGAAAAAGAUCCAAUAUUAUUGGAGACAUUGCUUCAUUUCUUGGAAAAUGUCAAUGGAAAAUCUAUGAAGAAAUGGGUUGAUUCAGUGAUGAAAAUUGUUCAAAGAAAGAAGAAUGAACAAGAAAAGAGUCAAAAACAAAUAACUUUUGCUUAUGGCAACAGUCCUCCACCUAUUGAACAUCAUCUUCAAGUACCAGAUUCUGAAAUAAAUUUACUUACACUACAUCCAUUGGAACUUGCACGCCAACUAACUCUGCUUGAAUUUGAAUUAUAUAAAAAUGUCAAACCAUCAGAGUUAGUCGGAUCACCGUGGACUAAGAAAGACAAAGAAGUUAAAAGCCCAAAUCUUUUGAAAAUAAUGAAAUACACCACAAAUGUAACUCGAUGGUUUGAAAAAUCAAUAAUAAUGGCUGAAAACUAUGAAGAACGAGUAGCAAUGGUGGCUCGAGCAAUCGAAGUUAUGAUGGUUAUGUUGGAAUUAAAUAAUUUCAAUGGAAUCUUAUCGAUUAUUGCCGCAAUGGGUAGCGCUUCGGUUUACAGACUUAAACUCACAUUUCAGGGUCUACCUGCAAGAUAUGAAAAAUUUCUUGAAGAAUGUCGUGAGCUUAAUGAUGAUGGACAUUUGAAGAAAUAUCAAGAGAAAUUGCGCUCAAUAAACCCUCCAUGUGUACCAUUCUUUGGUAGAUACCUCACAAAUAUAUUGCAUCUUGAAGAAGGAAAUCCAGAUUUUUUGCCAAAUUCAGAAUUAAUUAAUUUUUCAAAAAGAAGAAAAGUCGCUGAAAUAAUUGGUGAAAUUCAACAAUACCAAAAUCAACCAUAUUGCUUGAUGGUUGAUCCAAAAAUAAGGAAUUUUCUGGAGAAUUUAAAUCCUUUUAAAGGCAUGUCAGACACUGACAUAUCAAAUUACUUGUACCACGAAAGCUUACGGAUUGAACCCCGGGGUUGCAAGCAGCCACCCAAGUUUGCACGAAAGUGGGCGUCAAUUACACUGAAGUCUCCAGGAAUUAAACCUCGACGACAAACAACCAGCAAUAUUAAUCAUAGUAGUAAUAGCAAUAAUAGUCUACCAAUUUUAUCAAAUUUAACCUUCGGGUCUAAGAUGCAGAACAAUGUGCAAUACGAUGGAGAGCAGAGUCCACCUAGUGGAAUGAAGCCAACCUCAUAUGCGGCGAUGAAUGUUCAAUCAUUUUCAGUUUUUGCGAAUGUAAAUAUACCUGAAAAAAGUAGUGGUUUUUGGAAUCAACACUUGAGCAGUCACCACAGUCAAUGUAGUGGCAGUGAGUCAUUACAAUAUAAUUCAAACUUGGAUGCAAUGUACAAUACAGAAUCGGAAACAAAUCAUAGUCUUGGCGAAGAUUUGCUUUCAGCAACAAAUACUUCAUGUGCAGUCGCCCCGAUUUUGCCUAAAAAAGCUACAAAUAUAAAUAAUUGUAUGAUGAGCACAAAUGCAUGGAGUUCGGAUUUGGCAAAUCCUACAAAAAGUCCUCUGGCAACCUCGAUCGGAGACUUUUUUCAAUCACAAUUUAUGCCAAAGGAAGUUAAAAUGGAUAGCUAUAAUCAUAGUAGGGACAUUUCAAUUGGUAGUAUAUGUGAAAGUCUAGCUUCACCAGCACCUUUGGUUGCUAUAAGCCCAAAAACUGAUCAUCAUUCAAAGCAAAAAAUUCGAUCUCCAUUCCAAAAUGCACCUAUGCAUACUCAAAGUUUUAUUCCUACAAAGAAUUCGAGCAGUCCUAAGGAGCCAUUACAUUUUUCUGAGGCAACUUCAUCUCCGUACUCUCUGCAGAGUAUGGAGCUUUCCAUUCCCAUAUCUCCUCACGUUAAUGUUCCUACAACUCAUCUUGGAUUUGAAUCAGCUGCUCCACCACCUCUUCCACCACGACGGAGGGACAGAGUAGAAAGUUUCAAUGAAAUGGCUCAAAAACAGCAGGCUCCAGAUGCGCCUACACUUCCUCCAAGAGAUGGUGAACUUAGUCCACCACCUUUACCCCCUAGAGUUAUGAGCACAUCAGGCACCCUAACAAAACAACAAAACUCAAACGUAGAAAUAAGUCAACACAAUUUACAGCUUCCAAACACCAGUAUUAUAAUGAUGCGAAGAAACUCGGCGAUGCAAAAUAGAGGUUCCACUUAUUCAACCUCAAACUCAGGUGCGGGCAGGAAUGAAGACCAAAUUUCAUCACCCUCAAUAAAUUUUUCAUCUUCGCCAAAAACACCGAAAACAUUUGAUGGUUAUGAUUUUUCAGUGAUACCUUGCAAUAAUGAGUCAACAAAAGCUAUGCAUGGAAAAGCUGCGUCCUCAUCCAAGGCAAUGUUUUGCUCCGCUGACGCAACGCCCAAACUUCCACCAAAACCUGUGGUCAGCGGGAGUAUGUUCCACGCCGAUAAAAUUACGAUGUUUCCCUAUCCAAGUAUAAACAAUGAUUAAUUGAUUGUAAGGCUAUGUGAUACUAAGCUGCUUUUGUUAUAAGAAUUUAUUUGCCACCUAAAAUUAAACCUUUGUAAAUAAAAUAAUAUUGUAGAUCAUAAAAUGUA